AUGUCAGACACUGCUGCUGAAAUAGAGAGAAAAUCAAAGCCAAACCAACUGGACACACCUUUACAAGCAGCAAUUGCUGAUGACGCUACGAAUACCAAGGAAGCUACUCAAGAGGAGCAAGCACCUGUUACCAUGGCUGCCGUAGAGGAAUUCGCACAACAAGAGUCCCCAACAUCAUUGCCACCACCACACACAACAACAGCAGCAGUUCCUCCAGAACCAGUUGAGCAACCAAAUCUACCUGAAAACAUUCGCAUUUUGAAGGAAGCUUUCCCAGAUACAGAUGUAGAAGUUAUAGAAGCGGUUCUUCAAUCACAGAAUGAUCAUGUUGAAAGCACCUUUGAGAUUUUGCUUGGCAUGUCGGAUCCUAGCUACAGUGCACCACCUCCAGCUCCAGCUCCAGCUCCAGCAGCUGCCGAGCAAGCGCCUCCAAUGCCUCCUCGCCCUCAGUCAAGACAAAAUAGCAGUGAUGCGCCCUAUGCGUAUUGGGAACGUCAAGCACAACCAGAGCCAACAUCUGUGGAAGAGCAACUUCGCAUGGAUGAAGAACUCGCCAAGAGGCUCGCUAUGGAGGAUGAGAGAAGAUCUCAGCAGCACCAACGUCGUCGGUCAUCCCAACAAGGCCAAUACCAGCAGCAACCGCAGAGACAGAGAGAUGAUGACGAUGACUCUUUGUUCAAUCUACAAGAGGAAUUACCUAUUAUCAAGGAAAAGAUGAAGGAAGCUGGCAAUGCUGCCAAGAAAAAGAUGAUGGAUUUAUACAACCAAUUCAAAGCAAAUACACAAAAGAGCAACCCUCAAAAUCAGCAUGAAACAGCUGCAACAUCAUCUAUGCCUACUACAAACGCACAAUACAGAGGAUUACCGAGCGACGAUGGGGACGAUCUUUUGACGGGCGAUAUAUCUGCGCUACACUUGUCAGACUACGACGUAUAUGCAAAAACGAGCAAUCGACCUGCCACUGCUAGAAAAUCCAGCGAUUAUCAGAGAGGCGACGAUACCAUCUAUGUCAAUCCUCCUGUUGGAUCACCCUCGCACAACCUUAAAGUCACAUCGACAUCUGAUGCACAACUGAAGGCUGAUGAGGAUUUUGCUAGACAGUUGGCGCAGGAGGAGCAAAUUGAAGCUAGAAGAUCACGACACUCGUCAGUAGCUGUGGAGGAUACUACGCUACAUGCGCCUCAAAUGCCAACAAGAAAGCCCGUCAAUCCCACUGUAGUUAUUGCACCUAGAUCGCCACUUGAGUUUGAAGGCGAUUCAGACUAUGAAGAUAUUGGAUUGACAGCAGCAAACACAACUCAGCGCAAUACUAAUCCCAAAAUCACCAACCUGGAGGAUAAUGCUUCAGUUCCAUACGUUAUUGGGGAUGACGAUGAUUCAGAUUCAGAUGAUCUUGUGGAUAUUGAUGACGAUGCUUUCAAGGAUGAGGAUGAUGAGCAAGAGAAAAAGAAAAAUAGUACAUCUGAAGGGGAAUCUACCAAGGGACAAACAGCUGCCAGUGAAGCACAUUCGUCUAAUGCCAAUCCCACCGUUGCUGAUCAUGGUUCGUCUCAAUCAACCAACCCAGCAACCACGUCUUCUAAUGAAAAGCCGAAAGCGUAA